CGUAAACACAUCACACCAAGAUUCUUGGAGAUAUAUCUUUCUUUCUAUAGUCACUCUUGUAAACGGGAGCCAUGGUGGAUGCUAAGAAGGCCUUAGUGAUUGUACUGAUCAACGUCGUCGUAUUACUCCUCGCAGGUGCCCCCACGGUGGUUCAAGCUUGUCUACCCUCCGAGCGAGCUGCGCUUCUCGAGUUCCGAUCAAAGCUCAACGAGCCAUACAUUGGCGUGUUCAAGACGUGGAAAGGCCAAGACUGCUGCAAAGGCUGGUACGGUGUGAGCUGCGAUCCCAAAAGCCGCCGAGUCUCCGGCAUCACCCUCCGUGGAGUAUCGGAGGAGCCGAUUUUCCAGCGGGCGAAACGGAAGGGGUUCAUGACCGGCACCAUCUCGCCGGCGAUAUGCAAACUCACUCACCUCUCCGGGAUCAUCAUCGCCGACUGGGAAGGAAUCUCCGGCGUGAUUCCGAGCUGCGUCACGAAUCUCCUUGCCAUGCGACAUUUAGAUCUCGUCGGGAAUAAAAUCUCCGGCGUGAUUCCGGCGAGUAUCGGGAAGCUGAUGAAGCUGAGAGUGCUGAAUCUCGCCGAUAAUAAAUUAUCCGGUGGGAUUCCUCCGUCGAUCACGAGACUGACGAUGUUAGCGCAUCUGGAUCUUAUGAACAACAAUCUCUACGGAGUCAUACCGGGAGACAUCGGCCGGUUAAAGAUGCUGAGUCGCGUGCUGUUAACCGGUAACAAACUCUCGGGUCAAAUACCCGAAUCUUUGACCCGGAUCUACCGGCUCGCGGAUCUUGAGCUCGGGAUGAACCGAAUCACCGGUACAAUCCCGGCUUCGAUGGGGAAAAUGUCGGUGCUCGCGACGCUUAAUCUCGACGGGAAUUUGAUCUCCGGGGCCAUUCCGGGGACUCUGAUGAACUCGUCGAUCUCGAAUUUGAAUUUGAGCGGGAACCUUCUCGCGGGAAAGAUACCGAACACGUUCGGGCCGAGGUCGUACUUCACGGUGCUGGAUCUUUCGAACAACCGUCUGCAGGGAGCGAUUCCGGGGAGUAUCACGACGGCGUCGUUUAUAGGCCACCUUGACGUGAGCCAUAACCAUCUUUGUGGGAAGAUUCCGACAGGAUCUCCUUUCGAUCAUCUGGAAGCGACGUCGUUUGCUUACAAUAGCUGUCUCUGUGGAAAGCCUCUCGGGAAGUGUCGGAAAUAAUUUAAUCAAAUCAUUAAGAAGUGAUUUGGGGUAAUCAAAAGCUUGAUUUGGGAUAUGUUUAUUACACACUGUUACGUUAAUACAUUAUGUUCAUGUUGUAACUAGCCUUUUGAAAGAGGCAAAGCUAUAUAUAUAAUUCAAGCGUUUUGUUUGAUGUUUUAAGUUUAUAAAGAGCAUAAAAGUAAUAAAUUAUUUAUAAUAGUUUUAGGAUUUUUUUUUUAUAGAAUGUUAAAUUUAUUGAUCAUCAUAAAAAGGAAUGUUAGCUAAAAAUAAUCCAAACAAAAAAAAAUCUAUUGAGAUCUAAUUAUGACUCGCAUAUGUGCACUAAAACCAACGUUGCAUUUUAAGAUUCUUUUUGCAUAUAUUGAGAUUUAUUUUAGAAAUAAGAAGUCGUUUUCCCACAUCAUUUCCAGUUAAUAUAUAUAUUUAAUAAUCAUAAUGCAUAUGUGGAUUAUCAACUUUAUAUUUAAGGCUAAAUAAAAUAUAUGAUAUGAAAUUCCAUAUCAUAUUAUAAUAUCAUUUGGAAAUUUUAUACACCCAACCUCGUCCAUAUAUACUGAAUCCUAAUCAAUAAUCACCAACUCCUAAAUUUAAAUGUUAACAAUAUUUUUUCUUGAAGAGUAAUAUUAAAAAAGUGGUAUCCAAGUUAUAGAAUUUCAAGUAAUUUUCCUAGUUUUUCACUUUGGAUUUGUAAUUUUUCGUAUAGGUGUUUUAUUGUUAUUACAAAAUUGUAAUAAGAUGACGACGAAACUUGUUUUUUUUUGUCCAAACACAUAUAAAAAUCAUUUACGGGGCCAAUAAUAAUAAUCUAUUUUGUACGACCAAACACGAAAAUAUAUAUCAAACAUGUGUUUUGAUUUUCGUAUGACCAAACACAUAUAAAGACCAAUCACGACAAUAUUCUAAUUGUUGAUUUUUGUUAAUUAAACAGUUUUUUAGUAUCAUGUUUGUCAUCAAAUUCUUUUUAAAAAAUUACUAUUGAAUAAGUUUUGAAAAUUUUCUUUUUGUUAGGAUUUAUACAAAAAAAAAUGCAAAACCUUCUAUUUUUAUAAUCUAUUUUAUUUAGAAUUAAAAUUUUCUUUGUAAAAAUCAUAAACCAAAAAGAACUAUAAUUAUGAACAUAUAUAUGAUUAAGUUCUCUCCUAUUUUGUCACUUCUCAUAUUUUGACACCGAACAUAAUAAGAG